AAAGACUGUGUCCCCAGGACAAAUGGAUUAUUGGUAUUUUGGGAUAACUGGGCACAGGACCACCCUGGAGAACGCUGGAAGGAAAUGGAAAUUCCCAGAAAUGAGGAGCAACAAACCUACAAGGAGUUUCAUCUAUUCUAGUUAGUGAGGAGGUCGUCUGCAGCCCCACUCACCAAAAUCUGGGCACAGCCCAGGGGCACAGGCUCCACCAGAGUAUUUUGGGCACUCUCAGAUUCUGGGCCGCUCCUGGAGAUACUGAAAUGAAGGGCUGGUAUGGGGUGGGUUCUUGUACCUGACAGGAUCUCAGGAAGGCAGUAAGAUGGCACUGAGGUGCAUAAUGCCCCUGGAUUUGGGGCAUAAGGGAGGGCAUGGCCAUGCCUUUCCCUUUGGUACAUUUAUAAUGUACCUCCCGUGCUGUGGCAGCCCACAGUUAACAUUUUCAGCUCACAAGGUGGUAUGGACACCCAGCCCCCAGCCCCCUAGCUCCCCAUUUUCCACUCUGCUGCGCUGCUGAAGCCAGGAAAUCACCAGCAAUCCUUCCUUUGGCUGCAUCCCUGGCCAGAUGCUGCAGAGGGGUGAGGCCUGGCCGAUUAAUCUGUGCUCAGAGAGGCUGCUGGAUUAGUGCUUCAGCUGCUCUCAAAAUCUGCAGCUGCAGGACAGCCCCAAAUUCAUCAGCUGGAAGCCAGAAGGGAGCAGCAAGGCUGGGGUUUAUGAGCCUUUUGUUUGUGCAGACAGGCAGAACGGGGGAUGAGAAGAGAGUCCUGAGCGGCCAUGGAGGGGUUAACUCUGCGGAAGGCUCCCAGCAGCCGGAGCUUCCUCAAACUCACUGCUAUGGAGGUGAAGUGGAUCCAUGUCUUGGUUGUCUUCCUUUUCCUGCUGUCUGUGGCAAUGACAGGUUGCUUCCUGUGGCAGUACAGCCUUCCCAAGGUGGAGCCCAGCCCUUCUGUGAUGGAAGUGAGGUCGGAUUCUGUGCAGAUGUGCCCCCGCUACCCUGAGCCGGUACCCCUGGACCACCCCAUCCCCAUCCUGAAGGAUGCCCUGGAGAAGGUGGAUUUGAUGCUGAGGCAGAAGAUGCACAGCUCAGGGCUCCCAGCCAUGUCUGCCAUUGUCAUCUACAACGACACAGUGCUCUGGACAGGAAACUUUGGAAAGAAGAACAUCUCUGACCCCUCCUCGGCCGUGCCCAACGAAUACACCAUCUACAGAAUCGCCAGCGUCUCCAAGAUCUUCCCCACCAUCAUGCUGUACAAGAUGUGGGAGGAAGGCAAGGUCACCUCCCUGGACGACCCCUUGGAGCGUUACGUCCAGAACUUUGUCAUCAAGAACCCCCUGGGCAGGCUGAAGGACUCAGAGCAGAGAUACUCAGCAGAUGGGCUGGUGUUUCUGGAGAAGGGCUCGACGCCGCUGAAGCCAUCGCCCGUCACCCUGCGCAGGAUGGCCAGCCAGCUCUCAGGUCUGCCCAGGAGGCUCAGAUCCACCAGCCUGCUGUGGAAGGGCAGCACGCAGGACGCCCUGGCUCUCCUGAAGGAUGAUGUGCUGGUGGCUGACCCAGGAACCAGGUGCCACUACAGCAACCUGGCCUUCUCCCUGCUGGCCCACGUGCUGGCCGAGCACGGGGCCGACGGGCAGUACCAGCGCUGGGUGUCGGAGCACGUCCUGGACCGCCUGGGCAUGGAGGACACGGGGUUCGACCUCACGCCGCCCAUCCGCUCGCAGAUGGCCGUGGGCUUCUACGGCAGCCGCCAGCCGGCCCCGCUCUACGACCUGGGCUGGUACAGACCCUCUGGGCAGAUGUACUCCACGGCUGCCGACCUGGCCAAGCUGGCCAUGGUGUUCCUGGGCACCUACCACCGCCGGCUCCUGGCACCCGACACCGUGAAGACCAUGCUGACCCCGCUGCUCAAGUGCUCCAGGGACUACUUCGCCAACAAGACCGGCACGCCCUGGGAGAUCAACGAGCAGCUGGGCUACGACGUCAUCAGGAAGGAUGGGGACCUCGAUGGCUACUCAGCCACCUUCUCUCUCAUCCCCAAGCUCCGCCUGAGCUUCAUCGUGCUCAUGGCAGGGCCCAGGCCCCAGGGCGGGGAUGUCGUGGCUGAGACCUACGAGCACCUCGUGCCGGCCAUGGAGACGGCUUUCAGGGAGGCACAGAAGAGCGUGGUCCCCCCCCCAAACCCUGUCCCUUAUGUUGGCUACUACACCUAUUCCAACCUGACUUUCUAUGAGAUCAAAGUUGGCAUCGGUGGGGUGCUGAUCAUGCAGCAGUUUGGACCUCACGUGGAAGAGCUGAUCCCUGAGAAGUACCGGACGAUCAAGCUCCACCACCUAGAGGAUCGCGUUUUCCAAGUCGUUUUCGACAAGGAGUUCCCGUGCGUCCUGCACCUGGGCUCUGCCUCCAUCUCCCUGGAGACCCAAAACGGGCAGCUCUUUAACUUUUACCCCUUUGACCGCAAGGGUUUGUCCCCUGGCUUUGACGCUCCGGGGUUGAACACGUACAACGUGGUGCGGGUGCUCCGCAAGCCCGUCUUCUACAGCUAAAGCACCCCCUGCUCCCCUCGCCUCUUCUGGGAGCUGUGUCUCACCAGAUCUGUGUCUUACCAGACUCUGGGUGGCUCCAGGGAAGAUGUUUGAACAGGGAAAGGCGGUGGCAAAGGGCUCUUUUGCCAAACAAAUGCUUCUAAAAUGACUUCCCACUUCUGACGUGACUUUUAAUGGCUGGCAACCCCCCCAAAAAUGCACAAAAGGCCAGCUGGAGAUGCCUGCAGAACAUGAAAAAAAAGAGGUGGGAACGUGCUUAGGGGGAUAGUGUUUGGAUGCCAUAAAAACAAAGCUGAGCACUGAAGUGUCCACACUUUCGUUGUCUGUUUGAUGACCACUGUAGUUAUCAACUGGUAUCAUCAAAGGGCUGGAAAUACCCUGUGUGUCUCAGAAAAUAUCUCUUCUUCAGUCCAGGGUUUUUUUCCCAGGGCUUUUCAGGAGCCCAUCUACCAAGAGCAAGAUCCCUUACCUGGGUUUGCCAAAAGCCUGAUGUGCUAAAAAAUGGCACCAACCUGAUCCCAGGCCCUGCUUGGGAUCCCUGGGAUUCUUUUUUUUUCUCUCCAGGUCACAAGGAGGAAACUGUGAAAAGAGCAGAGAACAAGGUGGUCUUGGCUCCAUGGAUUUCUGCAGAAGUGGUGGUCACACCAAGGAUGUUGUAGAACUUCAGGGGAGAAAUAGAAGGUCACUUUUGUGGGCAGGGCCGCAUGAAUAUGAGCUGGG